UUCAAAAACUUUUCUGACCAUAAGUUGAUAAAUGUCAUUAUUUUCAUUAUUUUUUUUUAUUAAUAAUAAUUAUAAAAAAAAAAUAAAAAAUGACAAAUGACAAGUAAUUAGGUACCUAAAUAGUGAAUAGAAAAAAAUUUAUUUAUUUAUUUUAAAUCUCAUAUAUUUUUUUAUAAAUUUAUCAACAAUAACUGCAAUAUUACGGACCAUAAAAAUAUUCUAACUAUUAAUAAAUAAUAUGUCGAGUUCUCAAGUUAUGGAUGAAAAUAUAGUUAAUGUAGUACUAAAGGAAGAACCGAUUGAUCGUUUUACAUCCCAUUAUAUGGAUGAAAUAUGUACUGGACCGUUUGAUAAAGUAUUUCUACCGAUAGAGAGUCAAGAAGUCGUUGAUUUUACUGAUGAAAUGGUAAAAGUCGAUUUAGAAAAUCAAAAUCACAAUUGGGUCGCACAAAUAACAACAGCGAAUUCAAAUUCUCUAUACGAUCGCACGUUGAUUCGCCCACAUUUUAUGCACUUGGACGAGAAUCUUGAAAAACAAGAUUCGGAAAAAUUAAACAAUUCAAAGGCUAAGCAUGAGGAUGAUCCACUAGUUCGAUCACAAACGCCAAAAUUUUACAAAGUUCAAUGCACACUUUGCAAAAAAUGGUUCCUCAACAACGACUCAAUGAUAAAUCAUUUACGUAACCAUUGCACCUCCUCUACUACCUUAUCUUCAUCUUCAUCCUCAUCCUCAUCAGCAGGUAAACAUUACUGUCUUUCAUGCCAACAAUUAUUUUCCGAUGACUUAACUUAUCAAGCGCAUAUUCAGACUCAUAUAAACACUGAAAAAAUUAAAGAUGAUUCUUCAAAUUCUUCAUACUCGGAAGAUAAAUUAUUUAAAUGUCAGCUGUGUCUUCGUAAAUUUGGUGUAAAAACAGCAUUAAGUAAUCACAUGUUGUCACACAGUGGUGAGAAACCCCAUGCAUGUAGUAUUUGUGAAAAAAGUUAUAAAAGAAAAUCGGAAUUAGUACGUCACUCAAUGGUACAUACUGGUGAACGUCCUUAUGAAUGUAAAGAAUGUUUGAUGACAUUUCGUGAAAAAGCUAAAUUAAAUUCUCAUAUGUUGGUACAUACAGGUGAAAAACCAUUUGAAUGUCACAUUUGUCACAAAGCCUGUGCAAGAAAAUCCGAUUUAAAUAGUCACAUUUUGUCACACACUGGUGGCCAAUACGACUGUAAAGUGUGUGAUAAAAUAUUUACACGUAAAUCAGAUCUCAAUCGACAUACACUAAUUCAUACGGGCGAAAAACCUUUUGCAUGUGAUAUGUGUGAUAUGGCAUUUCGUGAAAAAACACGAUUAAAUUCACACAUGCUUGUACACACUGAUGAUAAAAAACACAAUUGUCACAUUUGCGGCAAAGGAUUCAAAAAAAAAGCCAGCUUAAAAAAACAUUUGAUAAUACACAUGGGUGAUAAACAUUAUGAGUGUUGGAUAUGUAAAAAAGCUUUUAUUGAAAAAACUACACUUAAUUUACAUAUUUUAGUACAUGAAACCGAUAAAUUAUACGAGUGUGCCAAUUGUCCGACAAAUUUUAAGAGUGAGGGAGCAUUGAAAAGACACUGGGUGGUACAUAAUAAAGAUGAUGAUCAAGAACAACAUGAACAACAAGAGGAGGAUGAAGAAGAUGCUCAAGAGCAAGUUUAUACGUAGCAAGAGAUUUAAAUAUUUAUAUUUUGUUGUUAAUUUUGUUUAUAAAAAUUUAUUUAUGUUUUCCUUCUUUUUAUAGAACAACUUGAAACUGUUUUACUAACAGUGACAAUUAUUAAAAAUUUUUGUUACUUAGUCAAUAAAUAAAAUUAUAGAUGAAAAAUAAGAAAAAAAAAAA